CGCUCAGCAGAGAGGGAGUGAGUACACACUCGUCUGCCGCCCGGCGCAGUUCGAUUUUUCUUUUUAUAAGAAGAAAAUUUCGGGUGGAAAAAUAAUAUAAAUUUUCAUAUUUUUGCAUGCAGUGUACAUUCAUUGUGAUAAUAAGGUGAAAAUAAAAAAAUAAAGGUGAAAACAUGACGUCGUACUUUCAAUUAAUUAUCCUGGCACUGCUGCUCCUGCUGCCGAUCCUGUACGAGAGUAGUGCUCGAUUUCGCUACUACACAAAAUUCACGGUUUACUGCGUCGGGAUCACAGUCAAUGCAGCAAUCCUCUGGCCAGUCUUCAUGUGCAGACCGUGGAAUGUGCGGAAUUUAAAGAUUGGUGGUCUAUUUUGCCGUCCCAUAUCGAAGAUAAUUGGAAUCAAAUGGACCCUGCGGGGAGAAGAGUACAUAAGUCAGGAUAAACCUUUUGUGAUUGUGGCAAAUCAUCAGUCAUCCUUGGACGUUCUCGGGAUGCUGGACAUUUGGGAUGUCAUGGAUAAGUGCACAGUUGUGGCCAAGAAGGAGCUCUUCUACGUGUGGCCCUUUGGUCUAUCUUCAUGGCUAGGUGGUUUAAUUUUUAUCGAUCGCAAGAGUAGCGAUAAAUCGCGCACAAUUCUCAAUAGCGUGGGUGACUACCUCAAACGUGAACGUGUUAAAUUGUGGAUCUUCCCUGAGGGUACAAGACGGAAUACAAAUGAUAUUCAUGCAUUCAAAAAGGGGGCCUUUCACAUUGCAAUCUCUGAGCAAAUCCCCAUAAUGCCGGUGAUCUUUAGCUCCUACACACCAUUCAUUGAUAGCAAGAAAAAGAUCUUUGACAAUGGGGAAGUUAUUAUAACAACACUACCUCCAAUCUCUACGGCGGGCAUGACAACGAAGGACAUUGAUGCCCUCAUGGAGAAAACAAAGGGGCUCAUGAAGGAUGUCUACGUUGAGACAACAGCGGAGAUUAGUGCAAAAUUCAUGAAAUCCAAGAUCUCGGGGAUUGAGAAGAAAGUUGAAAAGGCAAUCAAUUGAGUAUACAUUCUGCAUUUUACCUCAAGAAGAUAAAGUUAAAAAAAAAUUUCUAAUAAUUACCAGUGAAAAUAUUCGGUGAUAUUGCAUGCAGGCAAUAUUUCUCCAAUCAGUUGAAUUAAUUGAUUGAUCUAUUUUUCAAAUUAUCAAAUUUGCUUUAUGUUCUAUUUUACGUAAUAAUAUUGUUUGAAUGAGGGCAUGAGAUUAGUAGGAGAAUUUUUCUGUCUAUAUUAUGAAUUUUAAUACUCAUCGCAAUUACACAUGUUAGCUGUUGCUUCGUUAUAAUAGAAGCAGAAAAAAAAUUCUUUUACUUAUCUCAUGGAAUGUUUUUGAAAGAGCUCUAUCACUUUAGGGCAGAGACAAAAUAAGACGUAGAAAAAAUGUGAUUUUUUUUUGUUGAGAAAUUUAGUUUAAUUUAUAGUUAAUUCUCAGCUAUUUGGCCUAAAUAAUAAGUAUUAAAUUGCCAAAUUUAUUGGAGAAAUAGUGCCCAUAAACAUGUAACAUUAUGCCCUUACUCUUUGCCACAACAAAAAAUGUUGAAAUAAUAACAAAAAAUUUAUCAUUAUUAUUUACGUAGAGAAAGGUAGGAAAUACAAAAAAAGUAUAUUUCUUGCAUUUGAUGAAUAGUUGCCAUAAAUUACUUAACAAAAGGAAAGAAAGGAUGAUCCUCUUGUAAAAGGAUUAAUUUUAACAGUUUUAGUGUACUAAAUAAACCCCAAAUAAUUCUCAUUGCACAUUCCAAAAAAGUAAUUCUUAAUUUUCUUUUUAUUACCACAUUUUUAUCAUUAGAAAAGAGCUUCACCAAAUAGCGCCACGACACACUCACUCAUUAUCCAAAUAGUAAAAUUAAAUUGAUGUCACAUUUAUAUUUGGUUUACAAAACAAGAAAGAAUUAAAACUCCAAUUGGAGUUUCAAGUGUAGGUAUUAUUAUUAUGUAAACACCAAAAAAUGUUUUAUUUUGUACAUUUCCCAAUUUUAUUUUUGUCGUAGAGCCAAAGAGAGGAGAGAAUUUUAGUCUAAUUUUUGGUAUAUAAUUUUAUUAUUUUGUUUAAAAUUUAAAGAAAAAUAUUGUAUAUUAAAAUUAUAUCUCUGAAAAAAA